AAGAGCAAAAGGAAACAGUCACUCCGAGGAGCUCCAUCCAUCUGCUGUCAGCUAUGUCUGCUCACACCAGCGUUCUUCUCUUCAUCACCCUCUGGGCCUCCGUGCAGGAUGGUUUGAGUCUUCCUGUAAACGAGCAGCUGAAGGAGGAGGCUGCCGAUAUGAUCCCAACACAAAGAGUGAGGUCCAGGCGCUGUGCCUGCAGCAGCCGGCUGGACUCGGAGUGCCACUACUUCUGCCACCUGGAUAUUAUCUGGGUCAAUACGCCCAGUAAGACGACAGUUUAUGGUCUGGGCAGCGCUCUAUCCCGGCGCCGGAGGUCCAUUGGCCGCUGCAGCUGUGCCAAACCCGACGACCAAUCCUGUACCAGCUUCUGCCGUCACAGCCCUGAAAUUAAAUCUGAGAAGCGACGUCUGCUCAGCAACACACUCCUAAUCCUCAGAGCUUUGGCCAGCAGGCCCAAGAAGACUCCUCCGUCACCCAGAGGCGAAUCUCCAGAGUCUCAGAGUCGGAAAACUAAACGCUAAAAAAAAAAGAAGCUGUUGAGCAGCAAGUGUAGGAGAGAAAGAGGGCAGCGAGCACCUGAACACAUGUCACUCCUUUGAUAGAGGAGGGAGCGAAGGGGCCACUGACGGACGUGUCUGAUGCAGGAAGGCCAAAGUGCCACAGAGACGUCAGUUUGCACCGGGGAACAGACGCUGGAAAAACACAGCAGAGCUCUGCAGGUCGCAGCAUUUACACCAGACGUGAUGGAUACCAAUACUGUAUCAGGACAUGAGUGCUGUGCCUGUUUGAGUGGGACUGUCAGGUCGACAGGAGCUGUGCAGACAGACCAGCAGCGCUGAAGAAAGAGAGGGAAAAGGACAUGCAUAGUGGGCAUUACAUUCUAUUAUCAAAUACUUCUUGUAUUUAUUGUUUUAUAGAUCACAGAUUUACUAUUUUAGAAUUUAGAAAAGUAUUACUGCAUGGGAGACAUAUGAGACUGUGUGGAUGCUAAAUGAAAAUGACGUGUGGGAAUUAUAUUUCCUUAAGACACCUUUUAAAUCUGUAUCAAACAUUUAUUGUGUGCAUAUUAAAUCUGAAUGACCACAACCUUCAACUCUUUCAUUCUUCAGAAUCUGUUCAUCAAUUAAACAUUUUCGGUUGUAAAGAUAAACGCAGACUUUUAUAUGAAGAACUUUCUCCAUCCCUUAUCAUUCUUUGUCUCACACUCAAAUACAAUGCCUUCUUUGUUUGCUUUACUAAAGUGCACUUUGUAAAUACAGUGACCAACGUUAAGAAACCGUAUGCAAAGAGUCAUUUGAAUGAAAAUAAAUCCUCUUAGGCGGCUUGUGUGAUUCAAUUGUGUGUCAAGCAAACACAUUUCUGAGUUCAAACGAGAUGGGCUCAGAGAUGGAUGAAUGGUCCCGGAAUUCAAGGCUCUCAAAAAUAAUAAGUUCACCAGGUAUUCAAAGGCAGCGCGGCCCCUGUUUUCACAGGGAUCUGUGGAAAGAAUGCAGCAUUUUGUAACUUUGCUCAAGGGGAAAGAGAGAGGUGCAAAAUGCCCUGUCACCCUGUGUUCCUCUCUGACUGCUUGCACUGUACAUACCGUCCAAGCACACCUGAAUAUGCAAAGAGAAGGCGGUAGACAGGGGCUGGAGCUGAAGGAAACAAUAACAGCACACGAUUCAUUGACUAAUGAUAAAUUAUGUGGCGGUGAGCGUUUGUUUUGUCCGAUCAAAUAACUGCAUGAGAACACGCAAGUGUUAAUGUGGCUCUAAUUUCAUUGUGUAGGUUUCGCUGCUCCGUCGCGUCGCAUUUCAUUUAUUUUACUCCUGUCAUACUUCUCUUUCGGGUUUUCCUUUUUAUGGAGCGACCCCCCACAGCCAUCUUUUCCAAACAGGCCCGAGCAAGGACAGAUGCACAAACUGUUCAGAUAGUGUACGGAAGAAAGGAUUCAUGUAAAGCAACUGUUACUGCAUGUAGAGGAGUCAUUUUUAGAGAAAUUUACUAUUGCCUCUUGAUGAGUCAUAACAAGGUGACUUAGAGUCCCUUAUUACAUGACCCACUAAUAUUCUACACAAUACAUGAACAUAUGCAUGCUCCGUCACUUGAAUUAUUUC